AUGGGACGGCAUGCUUUCGGUAGCAACGUCCGCGAUGCUGCUUGUUAUGUAUUAUGGGCGUUUGCCCGCGCGUACGAGCCCGACGAGCUGAAGACUUUCAUAGAUUCCGUUGCCACGAGUUUGAUGUGUGUUGCAUUAUUCGAUCGCGAAGUGAAUCUGCGUAGAGCUGCGUCGGCAGCAUUUCAAGAAAAUGUGGGUCGUCAAGCAAACUUUCCUGAUGGAAUCGCAUUACUGACUACAGUGGAUUACUUCACCGUGGGCAAUCGUUGGCGUUGUUAUACAAAAGCAUGCUUAGAAGUUGUUCGUUUUCCAAAGUACGCUGAUGCCAUAAUCGAUCACUUAGUGGAGAGCAAGGUGAUUCACUGGGACGAAACAGUUCGCGAACAAGCGGCAAUAGCUCUUGGCCUUCUUGCUCCUCUUCACUCUGAUUACGUGUCGCAUAAACUUGGCAUUCUUCUGGAUGGCUGCAGCUCGUCAAAUCCUAUUCACCGUCAUGGAUAUCUCCUAGCUCUUUCUCAUUGUAUUCAAGGCCUUCUUUCAGCUGGGUUUUCAUGCAGCAAAGAAGUCCUAUCGCCUGCCAUUGAAUUGCCGUGGAAGCUCCGAGCAGAGAGUGAGAAGCUAAAAAUAUCUGGGGGAGAGUUGACUCGUCUCGCCCUGGCAACGUACAUACGCUGCUUAUCCUCAGUGCCAAUAGCUUUGGAUCCUGAAACAAUUUUGACAGCCAAAAAAGAAAACGAGCGUAUUGGUUUGGGCUUGGUAGUGGCUUUCCUCCCUCGACGUUUCAUCAGCUCGCUGUUGGUUGACGCCAUUUGCACCGUAAUUGUAAAACGAAACAGCCUCGACGCCAAGUGGGCUCUCGCCCGACGUAGUGCCGUCGAUGCUCUUGGAGAGAUAUUUGCAAGCCGACCCUGUGCUGAGUGGAUUUCUCCCGUUUUCAAUGCCUUAUUUUGCGCGGUUGAGGAUUACACCACUGACUGUCAUGGAGACAUUGGACGUUUCGUUCGAAUGUCAGCGAUGUGCGUGAUGACGAAAGUGUUGUGCCUUCCCGGGCUUGAGGAUGCAGUGAUACAACAGUAUGCUCAGCGAGUGGUGCAGCAUAUGGUUCAGCAAAGUGUAGGCAAAAUUGGACGAAUACGAGAGACCGCUUGUAAGUGUAUAAAAACAUUGCUGUACUCAAAGAUCACUCGGCAGCAUAUAUCACACGCUGAUGAGCUUUCAGCAAUUUAUCGUGACGAACAGGAUUUCAUCCAGGAUUCCGUUUUUCUAUCCAUAACGCCUCUGUUGUUGUGUGAAGAAUACUAUACUGACCUCAUUUGCGGUCUUGUGAUAUCUGCAGGAGGUGUAAGUGAAGGUACAACGAUGCGAGCUUCCCAAGCAUUAAUGGAGUAUCAACUCUCUACAUCGAAGAACCUCAAGACAAUUGUCUUGGCGUCGACAGUGUGCUGCGUCUACUGCCACAAAUUCUGUCACGUCUACAUGUUCCUCGAGCAAUGUCCUGAUUCUUCGCAAGCUCUCUCACGUCUCCUGGUGCACUUAACAAAGAUUGUGAAUUCUCGCACGGCAUCUCCUUCACGAAUAAAAUGCGCACUGAACUCACUAUGUUCAUUACUUGGCUGCAAUCGUGACAGCCUCACUUGGCGUACAGCAAUGCAGCUGGUUGUGCGAUCUCUGUCGAGCCCAUUGCCUGUCGUCAGACGUGCGGCUGCGGAAGGACUUUAUGAGAAUGUGUGUCUCACUGAAGUCGAUGAUCAGUGGUGCAUUCCAAUUUGUGAAAUGGCGGAUGAUAAGGAGUUGAAUUCGUUGCUAACGGUGCUCAACAGUGUCAUUUUGACCAGAGCGACGAAGGGAGGUGCAAAAAUUGUCGACAUUAAAAAGGAUUAUAAAGAAUUGUGUGGAAAUGAAAUUGACACGCGCAGGUUUGGUUUCGAUAGGUUGGAGACGCUGCUCUAUUCAUUUGGCAACAAGUUCCGCUGUCAGGGAGACAGAUGGUUUGGAGAGACGACGAAAGCUGCUGAAAGCAUUGUGCAGUCAAUGGCAACGGAAAAACCUAAGAAAGGGAAAGUGUCCCGUAGACCAACAUUCGACCGCGGUCCGCGUGGUGGAUUUCGCUCUUCAUUCAAUCGAUCAAACUUCGGCCCACCUCGCGGCUUCUCGUUACCUCAUCACAAUAAUCAACCUGCAAGGCCAUUGAGCACCAGAAAUGAUGCGCAACUUCAUCACAGAAUCCUUUACGUAGAUUUAGCGCCUCCGAUAGCGGCCUUCCUCGUUUUGGUAAUACCCAACAAAGCCGUAAGUUUAGCAACGAUGAACGUCCAACGUCUUCGAAAAUGGGCGGUGGUGGCAGCAGCACGCAGGUUCCUUCUCGUUUCGGAUUUGGAAAUACGUCCUACAAUAUUCCUAGUGAAACCGCGUCUCUCAGAAGUUCGAGUUCAUCGUCAACGGAUGAAAAUAAAUCGCGAGGUGAGUAGCUUUUUA